AUGGCGUAUGACAUCGGCUGGAUCAUCCCGCGGCUUCGGAACCCGGGGCGCCUGUGGACGUGCGCCAGCUCCAUCACGGUGGCUGUGGUCGGUUUGUUCAGCAAGUUUAUUGUAGAGUUCCUGAACAAGACGACGGUGUACAACCGCGAGGCGCUGCUGCGCGCGGUGCAGCGCCCACCCGACGUGCCGCUGCUCACCGUCUCCAACCACCACUCGUGCUUCGACGAUCCCGGCCUAUGGGGUGUGCUGGACACGGGCACGCUGGUGCGCUACACGCGCAUGCGCUGGUCGCUGGCGGCGCACGACAUCUGCUUCACCAACGCGCUGCACUCCGCCUUCUUCGCGCUCGGCAAGUGCGUGCCCGUCGUGCGCGGCGCCGGCGUCUACCAGCCAGCGAUGGACUUCUGCGUGGAGCGCCUGAACCGCGGCGAGUGGGUGCACAUCUUCCCCGAGGGGCGCGUCAACGUGGAGAAGGAGCGCAUCCGCUUCAAGUGGGGCGUCGGGCGGCUGGUGGCGGACAGCGCGGCGCGGGGCUGCGCGCCGCUGGUGCUGCCGGUGUGGCACGAAGGCAUGGACCGCGUGCUGCCCAACGCGGAGCCCUACCGCCUGCGCUUCCGCAACCGCGUCUACAUGACCGUCGGCGAGCCCAUCCGCCUGCACGCGCUGCUCGACAAGUUAAGGAGCGCGAACGCGUCGGAGGAGGAGACGCGGCGCGCCAUCACGGAGCGCGUGCAGGACGAGCUGCUGCAGCUGCGCGAGCGCGCGCACGCGCUCAUCCGCCGCGCAUGCGCCGCGCGCGCGCCGACCCGCCGCCCACGCCGCCGCCCACGCCCGGCGGCGCCGAGCGCAACCACAACGAGCCCGCUGAGAGGCUCAAGGAGAAGGACGCGUAGGCGCGAAAGUUCACCCCGCGCGCGAGGACCUCUCCGUCGCUUCGACGUAUUCGUCAGUGCGGCGCAGCACGCACGCGGCGGGCGCGGGCGCUCGGUGCGUCACGGUCAAGGACUUGAAGAAUUCACGAGAGAGGAGUUAAUUAAGCCA